CCCGCCUCGUCGGCCGCGUCAAGACCCUCAAGACAUCCUCAAGAAUGGCCUCUCGCCCUACCGUUAACGUUCGCUCCACGGCCGGAGAGGCCUCUAGCUCUCUGCCCCUGCCCGCGGUUCUCACCGCUCCCAUCCGUCUUGAUGUCGUCCAGCAGGUGCACAAGAGCAUCGCCAAGAACAAGAGGCAGGCGUACGCCGUGAGCGAGAAGGCUGGCCACCAGACCUCCGCUGAGUCCUGGGGUACCGGUCGUGCCGUCGCUCGUAUCCCCCGUGUUGGUGGUGGAGGUACCCACCGCUCCGGUCAGGCUGCUUUCGGCAACAUGUGCCGUGGCGGUCGCAUGUUCGCGCCCACCAAGACCUGGCGCAAGUGGCACGUCAAGGUGAACCAGAACCAGCGCCGUUUCGCUGUCGUCUCCGCUCUGGCGGCGUCCGCGCUCCCCUCGCUGGUCCUGGCUCGUGGCCACCGCAUCGAGGAGAUCGAGGAGGUUCCCCUCGUCGUCUCCAACGCGACCGAGUCCUUCGCCAAGACCAAGGAGGCUGUCGCGCUCCUCAAGACCCUCAAGGCGUACUCCGACGUCGUUAAGGUCUCGAACUCUCGCAAGCUCCGCGCUGGCAAGGGCAAGCUCCGCAACCGUCGUCACCGUCAGCGCCGUGGCCCCCUCGUUGUUUACAACGAGGACAACGGUAUCGUCAAGGCGUUCCGCAACCUCCCUGGUGUUGAGCUCGUCAACGUCCGCCGCCUCAACCUCCUCCAGCUCGCGCCCGGUGGUCACCUUGGCCGCUUCGUCAUCUGGACUGAGGGUGCGUUCGGCCUCCUCGACGAGGUCUUCGGUACCUUCGACAAGGCGUCGACCUUCAAGAAGGACUACGUUCUGCCCACCGCUAAGAUCAGCAACCCCGAUGUCACCCGUCUCAUCAACAGCGACGAGAUCCAGUCGGUCGUUCGCCCCGCUGGCCAGAAGAUCCAAAAGCGCCCCUGGACGCAGCACAAGAACCCCCUCGUCAACAAGGGUGUUCUGUUCCGCCUCAACCCCUACGCGAAGACCCUCCGCAGGCAGGAACUCCUCAAGCAGGAGCGCGUAAAGGCUGCCAAGGACAAGAAGAAGGCCAAGACCCCCAAGGCCGCUGGCGAGACCUUCUUGAAGACUCUCCUUGCCCCGUAAUUGCAUCGCUCGAAGUGGUGUACGAGAGGCUAUGCGGUCCGGGAUCCCAACCCUUAUGGUCACGUCCAUUGAGCUCUACAUGUUGUAUGUCGUCCAUGCUGGAAUCAUAUUCCAUAGGCCUUGUUGCCUGCUACGACCUGC